AUGCUAUUGGCGUCUUCAGCCUAUGGAGUGGUUCUGGUGGUCGAGCGCUCUCAAGAACCCCUCGAAAGCCCCUCGUGGCUCAGGGCUAAUGAAGUGACACUUGUCGUCGCCGGCAUUGGCAUUGUUUUUCCCAAUAUAUUUGAUUUGAUUGGAAAUAUGGAGGCAUACCAUCCCAGAAUCACUCUUCGCUGGCAGUUAGGGAGACCACAGAACUAACAGAUAUGAGAUUAAAUAUAACUUAUAAUAAGCUA